AUGGGUCCCAAGGAUUUGAAAAAACGCAAAAUUGUUGCUGGGCCUAAAGUUGAAGAGGUCAAUUUUGACGACGAGUCCCGUCAUGAAUACUUGACUGGUUUUCACAAACGCAAGGUGCAACGCGCCAAGCAUGCACAAGAAAAUGCCCUGAAGAGAUAUAAGGAGGAGAAGAGAGAUGCAAGAAAAAAGAUUCGCGAGGAUCGCAAAAGAGACUUCGAACAGGCAAUGGCGGAACAUAAAGCGGUACUCAAGCGCAUGAAGGAGGAUGCUGGAGACCUCGGCGAAAUGGAGGGUGAGGAAGAAGAGGAAGGCUGGGAGGGAAUUGAGGAGCCUCCAGCAGUGGACUAUGAAGCCGAAUAUAUCGACGAGGACAAAUACACAACGGUCACAGUUGAAGAAAUGGAUGCGUCUCGUGAAGGUCUACUCAAGGCUUCCAAGGAGGCGGACGAAGAAGGCGAAGAAAAGAAAACAUACCCGGUUGAGUCGACAGAAGACACAAAGAAGAAGAGAAAGCCCCGGAGUGCAGCCUCCGAAGCAGCCAGGAAAAAGAAGAGAAACUUCCGCUAUGAGACCAAGGUCGAGCGCAAGCAAACAAUGUUAAAGCAGCGGGCUGUGAAAGCGAAGAGGGCAAAGGCACGAAAAGGCGCAGAGGAGUGA